AGAGAUAAGAGAGAGCAGAGAGAGGGAGAGUGUGUGUGUGGAAGAGAGGGAGAGAGGGAGAGGGAGAGAGAGGACACGCACUCUAAAGCUGCCACUUUUUUUUCCUCCCCUUCACUCUUUCCCCCCGUCCUAGGAUCCAAUGAUAGCUGGACAAGUCAGUAAGCCCUUGCUGUCAGUGCGGAGUGAAAUGAAUGCGGAGUUGAGAGGUGAGGACAAGGCUGCUACUUCAGACAGCGAGCUGAAUGAGCCCCUGCUUGCGCCUGUGGAAUCAAAUGACAGCCAGGACACUCCCAGCAAGCUCUUCGGGGCCAGAGGAAGCUCAGCACUGUCGGAUCCCAGCACUCCUGACCAACACCAGGCCAGUCAGACUCACCCACCAUUUCCUGUUGGGCCACAGCCUCUUCUGACGGCACAGCAGUUAGCCUCUGCUGUGGCCGGAGUAAUGCCAGGAGGCCCUCCAACCCUCAAUCAGCCUAUCCUCAUCCCCUUCAACAUGGCUGGACAACUAGGGGGUCAGCAAGGCCUGGUCCUCACACUGCCCACAGCGAAUCUCACCAACAUCCAGGGGCUGGUAGCAGCAGCUGCAGCUGGAGGCAUUAUGACUUUGCCAUUGCAAAACCUACAAGCUACCUCAUCCCUGAACUCCCAACUGCAACAGCUCCAGCAGCUUCAGCAGCUCCAGCAGCAGCAGCAGCAGCAGCAGCAACAGCAGCAGCCACCUCCCCCACCACCAACCACCCAGCACCCGCAACCAGCCCCACAGGUGCCCUCCCAGCCCCAGCAGUCACAGCCCCAGUCCACUUCACCCCAGCAGCCACCACUUGCCUCCCAGCAGCUGCCAGCAACUCCAUCUCAGCUGCAGCAGGCUUCUCAGCCACAGCAGCCUCAAUCCCACUCUCACCCCCAGAGCCAGAACCAGCCAUCACCAACCCAGCAGAGCUCAAGCCCGCCUCAGAAACCCAGUCAAUCUCCAGGACAUGGCCUUCCAUCGCCGCUCACGCCUCCCAAUCCUUACAGCUGGUUAAUAAUCCUCUAGCAAGUCAGGCCGCAGCGGCUGCAGCAGCCAUGGGCUCCAUAGCAAGUUCACAGGCCUUUGGCAAUGCCCUCUCCAGUCUUCAGGGGGUCACAGGUCAACUAGUUACUAAUGCACAAGGACAGGUGAGUGGGA